AUGCGUUGGAGCAUAGGAGUUGUUUGGGCAGCUGCCCUGAUGAGUAUUCGUGAGUCUCUAGCUCCUCUCCGUGAAGAUCGAUGUUGACAUGAUGUCCAGCAACCGAAGCUGCCGAUUCGUCAACUUAUUUUGACGCGGAAACGGGCUUUACCUUUGCCCAAUUCAAUGGAUUGUUCCAGAUUGGAAAGGGAAUAUUGUACCGAGUUGCUGUUCCAUCGCCAGUUCCAGCAAAUGCCUCCUACGAUGUAGUUUUCCAAAUAGUCGCUCCCAUCGCAGUUGGCUGGACUGGUCUCGCGUGGGGAGGUGGUAUGGUACGAAGUCCCUUGACAGUGACAUGGCAAAAUGGACAAACGGUCACAAUUGGAUCCCGAUACGCGACGUAAGAUCUUCCUCUCUUCGUUACACAUCAAAACUAACAAUAUGUUAGUGGCCAUUCGAUGCCAUCCGUCUACCCAAACGCCGUCUAUACCAAAUUUAAAACAGGAACAAAGGUUAACUCCACCCACUGGCAAGUGACCGCCAAAUGCAGCGGUUGCUCUACCUUCAUCGGUUCAACCAACUCUCAGGUCACCCUCCCACCAAAGGGCGUGAACCGUCUUGCAUUUGCGGAGUCGAAUUCUAAGCCUGCAACUCCUUCGUCGUCAACCUCAACUUUCAAUGUCCAUGAUGUGACGAAUAGCUUCACUGCUGAUUUUGCAAGUGCUGGGAAUACCGAGUUUGCUGCGCUUGUUGCUAAAAAUGGCGAAGCCACAAAUUGA